GAUGCUGAUGAGGCAGCGCGCAAACGAGCACGCUUGCAGUAUGAGAAGGAGAAGGUGGGCGCAGCCCCGGCUAAGGAAGCUCAGCACAAGGCAGCAGAGCAGGAUCGCCUGCGCAAGGUGAAGGAAGCAGAGCAGGAAGCACAGGAGCGGCUACGCAAGGAGGCGGCGCAGGUGGAGCAGGAGCGGCUACGCAAGGAAGCGGUGCAGGCAGAGCAGGAGCGGCUACGCAAGGAAGCCGGUGGAGGCGGAGCAGGAGCGGCUUCGCAAGGAGGCGGUGGAGGCGGAGCAGGAGCGGCUACGCAAGGAAGCGGUGGAGGAGUGCAUGCGGAGCAGGAGCGGCUUCGCAAGGAGGCGGUGGAGGCGGAGCAGGAGCGGCUACGCAAGGAAGUGGUGGAUGAGCAGGAGCGGCUUCGCAAGGAUGUGGUGCAGGUGGAGCAGGAGCGGCUUCGCAAGGAUGAGGCCAACCGUGUGGCCAAGGAGAAGCCGUGGCUGGACACUCAGUUGGGCGGCGAGGCGCAGGACAAGAGAGAGCAGCAGAGAAGAGCCUCGGAGCAGAACAUCCGAGAGAUGGCCAAGAAGAAGGCGGAAGAGAA